AUGCUGUUAUUGUUUUUUAUGUCGGCAUAUUCAUUCCAGGGAAGAUAUGGAUCCUGCUCCAAGUCCAGCAGCCGCCUUAGGCAUUCUGACUACGACGGGGUGAUGAUGCUGAAUGUGUUGCACAGGAACCAGCCUCUGACUGUGUUUGAUAGCGCCUAUCCAGAAAGGAUAAGCCUGCCGGCUCUGCUUUCGGAGUUCUCCAAGGAAAUGAUGGAGAACCAGAUCUUCGAUCUGAAGUACGAAAGUUUUUCGAAGAAAAUAUGGCUAGAGCUCAAAAAGGAGCGCUGUAUAGAGAUUGCUGAUGUUCAUUCCUCUCUAAAGGCUGUGAGAAUGAAGAUUUCUCCAUCCUCUAUCUACCUGAAGAGGCUUCCAAACAGCAUGAAGUUCCAGCUUAUAUCAGAAGACAAGUGCCUUACUGUCGGGAACGAGAUAAAGUAUGGAGGAACAAGCGGGUGGACGCUUUCCUUUACCGACUGUAAGGAUAACAACGACCUCCAGACAUUCGUGAUGAUUCCUUCACUCAAAGGGCUGAUGAAGAUUAAUGGAAAGGCAAGAACUCAUAGAAUGAUUCGUAGAAUGUACGAUACAUUCAGGAGGAUAGGAAAGAUCAUAGGAGUGGUUGACAUAGCUAGACUUAGAAGAUCCCUUCAUUAA